GGGCCGCGCCUCCCCAGCUCCUCAGCUUCCAGCCAAGAUGGCGGAGAGCGGUGAGGGUCUGGGGACAGUCCCGGAGCAUGAGCGGAUCUUGCAGGAGAUCGAGAGCACGGACACCGCCUGCGUGGGGCCCACUCUCCGAUCCGUGUAUGAUGACCAGCCAAAUGCACACAAGAAGUUUAUGGAAAAGUUAGAUGCUUGUAUCCGUAACCAUGACAAGGAAAUUGAAAAGAUGUGCAAUUUUCAUCAUCAGGGUUUUGUAGAUGCUAUUACAGAACUCCUUAAAGUAAGGACUGAUGCAGAAAAACUGAAGGUGCAAGUUACUGAUACCAACCGAAGAUUUCAAGAUGCUGGAAAAGAGGUAAUAGUCCAAACAGAAGAUAUUAUUCGAUGUAGAAUUCAGCAGAGGAAUAUUACAACUGUUGUAGAAAAAUUGCAGUUAUGCCUGCCAGUGCUGGAAAUGUACAGUAAGCUAAAAGAACAGAUGAGUACAAAAAGGUAUUAUUCUGCCCUAAAAACUAUGGAGCAAUUAGAGAAUGUGUACUUCCCUCGGGUUAGUCAGUAUCGCUUCUGCCAGCUGAUGAUAGAUAACCUCCCUAAACUCCGUGAAGAUAUUAAAGAAAUCUCCAUGUCUGACCUUAAAGAUUUUUUGGAAAGCAUUCGAAAACAUUCUGACAAAAUAGGUGAAACAGCAAUGAAGCAGGCACAACAGCAGAAAACCUUCAGUGUUACUCUGCAGAAACAAAUUAAUGUGAAAUUUGGAAAGAAUAUGUAUAUAAAUCAUGAUAGAAUUCCUGAAGAAACAAAUGAAAUUAUAUUGAAACAUGUGCUUGAAGAAGAGGAUGAGAAUGAAGAAGAGGUCUUAACUGUUCAGGAUCUUGUUGAUUUUUCCCCUGUUUAUCGAUGUUUACACAUUUACUCUGUUUUGGGUGAUGAAGAAACAUUUGAAAAUUAUUACCGAAAGCAAAGAAAGAAACAAGCAAGACUAGUAUUGCAACCGCAGUCAAAUAUGCAUGAAACAGUUGAUGGCUAUAGAAGAUAUUUCACUCAAAUUGUAGGGUUUUUUGUGGUGGAAGAUCACAUUUUACAUGUGACCCAAGGAUUAGUAACCAGGGCAUACACUGAUGAACUUUGGAACAUGGCCCUCUCAAAGAUAAUUGCUGUCCUUAGAGCUCAUUCAUCUUACUGUACUGAUCCUGAUCUUGUUCUGGAGCUGAAGAAUCUGAUUGUCAUUUUUGCAGAUACUUUGCAGGGUUAUGGCUUUUCAGUGAAUCGACUCUUUGACCUUUUAUUUGAAAUAAGAGAUCAGUACAAUGAAACAUUGCUUAAGAAAUGGGCUGUAGUUUUCAGGGACAUUUUUGAAGAAGAUAAUUAUAGCCCUAUACCUAUUGUCAGUGAAGAAGAAUAUAAAAUAGUCAUCAGUAAAUUUCCCUUCCAAGAUCCAGACCUUGAAAAGCAGUCUUUCCCCAAGAAGUUUCCCAUGUCUCAGUCAGUGCCUCAUAUUUAUAUUCAAGUUAAAGAAUUUAUUUAUGCCAGCCUUAAAUUUUCAGAGUCCUUACAUCGAAGCUCAACAGAAAUAGAUGAUAUGCUCAGGAAAUCAACAAAUUUGCUGCUGACCAGAACUUUGAACAGCUGUCUACUGAACCUAAUUAGAAAACCUCAUAUUGGUUUGGCAGAGCUUGUGCAAAUCAUCAUAAACACAACACACCUUGAACAAGCUUGUAAAUACCUGGAGGAUUUUAUAACUAACAUUACAAAUAUUUCUCAAGAAACUGUUCAUACCACAAGACUUUAUGGACUUUCUACUUUUAAGGAUGCUCGGCAUGCGGCAGAAGGAGAAAUAUAUACCAAACUUAAUCAAAAAAUUGAUGAAUUUGUUCAGCUUGCUGAUUAUGACUGGACAAUGUCUGAGCCAGAUGGAAGAGCUAGUGGUUAUUUGAUGGAUCUUAUUAAUUUUUUGAGAAGCAUAUUUCAAGUAUUUACUCAUUUGCCUGGGAAAGUUGCCCAGACAGCUUGCAUGUCAGCCUGCCAGCAUCUGUCAACAUCCUUAAUGCAGAUGCUAUUGGACAAUGAAUUAAAACAGAUAAGCAUGGGAGCUGUUCAACAAUUUAACUUAGAUGUCAUACAGUGUGAAUUGUUUGCCAGUUCUGAGCCUGUGCCAGGAUUCCAAGGGGAUACCCUACAGCUAGCAUUCAUUGACCUCAGACAACUCCUGGACUUGUUUAUGGUCUGGGAUUGGUCUACUUACCUAGCUGAUUAUGGGCAGCCAGCUUCUAAGUACCUUCGUGUGAAUCCAAACACAGCCCUUAUUCUUUUGGAGAAGAUGAAGGAUACUAACAAAAAGAACAAUAUAUUUGCCCAGUUCAGGAAGAAUGAUCGUGACAAACAGAAGCUGAUAGAGACAGUGGUGAAACAGCUGAGAAGUUUGGUGAACGGCAUGUCUCAGCACACAUAGACUUCACAUGGCUGGCGCUCAGAAAAAGCAAGGCCAUGACUGAGCAUCAGUUCCUAACAAGCCCGGCUUCUGAUACAGAAUUCAAAAGUACAGUAGAGAAAAAUCCACUGUGAAGGUCCUAAACAAGAAAUAACAAAUACCAUUUGUAUGGAUUUUUAAAUAAUUAAGUGCUAUUUUAUAUAUGGAAAACAUGACAGUUUUUCAAUUUUAGGAAAAAAGGCAGAGCUGUAAUAUAUAAAUAAAAUUGUAUAUGAAACUGGUUGCAAAUAUAUUAGAGGAAAAACUUAUGUCUCUACUUAUAAGUAUUUUUUUCUAUUUAAACUUGAAUGAGCUUCAGUGUACGGUUUUGGAAUGCAAUCAUGUCUGAUGUGGGAGUAUUUCACUGUCAUUUUCGGACUUAACAGCUUUUUGUUUUCGCCUCAGUGUGAUUUAAAUAAAGUUUUUAUUCUGCUGAUUCUGAGCAGGAAAUAUGUACAAUUUUAAAGCUUACUAACAUCAAACUUAGUAAGGAUGUGAAUUAUUUGUUUUACUUGGGUGGUUUAAUUUAGCCUUUCAGAAUAUGAAGAAAAUGUUUUGGAUUUUCUAAAGAUGUAAUGUUGUGUUUACUAGUUACAAUUUCUAUGUCUUGCUUGUACCCACCCCGCUCUGGCUGAGUUUUGUUCAGGUUAAAGGAGGCUUCCACUUCAGGGGCAGCUUGUCUACGGCAGGUGGCAUGUUCUCCUACGCAGGGAGUCGCCACCACAGGCCGGUCAAAUGACACACGGCAAAACUGUAUCCUCUCUGUGGAAGCAGACCAAUUUAGCUAAAUUCUGGAAUGUACAUUUUCCUAUGUAUGAGUCACCAUGAUCCAAAUGCCCGUGUAAAUCUGACCCUUAUUUCUCUGCAUUGUAUUUAUGCUGAACACCCACUUUGCAUUUUUCAGAUUUAUACCUGUAAGACUGUACCUGAUUCUGUAAAAUAAGUGUAAAGAACUAUGUUUACUUCUCCUGGUUUCAGGAUGAAAUAUUAAAAGGUUGAGGAAGUUGUUGAAAACUG